CUGCGCAUCCCUUGUCAUCUACAACACCGUCGCAAAACGGGUAAGGAGAUCAAGAACAUCCGGACAGGCUUCUCGCAAGUCGGAAUCGCAGUACGAGAAGGAGACAAGAAACCAUACAGCACACUGCUCGACGACGGACCAUGGGUGUUCUUGGUGCCCUUGCUAGAAAUCUGGACGCCCUUGUUGGGCCAGGGGUCAUGCUCCUUUAUCCUCUGUACGCGUCGAUGCGCGCGAUAGAGAGCCCUUCCUCCCUGGACGACCAGCAGUGGCUCACCUACUGGGUUCUGUACUCCCUGAUCACCCUCCUCGAGCUCUCCUGCUGGAAAGUCCUGCAGUGGUUCCCGCUGUGGCCGUACAUGAAGCUGCUCUUCUGCUGCUGGCUGGUGCUGCCAAUCUUCAACGGUGCGGCCUACAUCUACGAGGCCCACGUCCGGCGCUACUUCAAGAUCGGCAACUACGUGAACCCCUACUACAACGAGCGCCAGCGGCGGGUGCUGCAGAUGAUGAGCCUCGACGCGCGCAAGUCCGUCGAGCGCUUCAUCGAGACGCACGGCCCCGACGCGCUCGACAAGAUCAUCAGAGCCGCUGAAGAGGAGGCAAAGAGGACCUAGCUUAGCGUGCGGUGAAGUGAAGGAAUUCGUAGUUUGAGGUGGGGUGAAGGCGAAGCAAUCUGAAAUUCUGAAUUGCUCCGGGUGAAAAACGAAGCGUGGAUCGCUGUAUUUCCAUCGGUUGUGUAAUUACCUGUGCAGACAUGGUGUGCGUGUGUUUGAUCAUUUCGUCGGGCUUGCCAAGAUACAGACAUGAUUUGACUUGAAGAAGCGGCGAAUUUGGUGUACUUGUGAAAUCCUUAUCGGUUAAAUUGUACAUUUCUCCAAUUAAGCUA